CCAAAGUCCCUCGGCAACAAUGUCUUCCAACGUACUAACGGAAUUUCAAACACCUAUGUCUCAACUUAAUAGCAGUUCAACGCCUCAGUAUUAUGCAUGGAACGACGAUCGUUUUAAAAUUGAAAAAGAACGUUUGAAGACAUUUGAUAAUUGGCCACUAACAUGGUUGUGUAAAAACACACUGGCCGCCACAGGAAUGUUUUAUACAGGAGAUGGUGAUAGAACCAAUUGCUAUUUUUGUGACAUAAUUAUUGGCAAAUGGGAACUAGAAGAUGAUCCUGUACAAGAACAUUUACGCUGGUCGCCCAACUGUCCACUGUUAAAACGUCGCCUAACCAGUAAUGUACCAAUAAAUAAUGUUACUCUAGACCAGUUAUUACCACCAGCCAAACCCACAACAGGCGAUACUCCACCCAUUUCCACUUGGAAAACAAGACCAAGUACCGAUUACUCUAUUAAGGCGGUACGUUUACAAACAUUUGCCGACUGGCCACGAAGUAUGAAACAAAAGCCAGACGAACUGGCCGAGGCUGGUUUCUAUUAUAGGGGCGUUGGGGACAGUGUAAUAUGUUUCAGCUGUUUGGGUGGUCUCAAAGACUGGGAUUUGGAUGACGAUCCGUGGGAACAGCAUGCUUUGUGGAUGGGACACUACUGUCCCUAUGUGAAGCUUAUAAAGGGCAGAAAGUUUAUAAAAGAUGUUAAUGCUAAAUUUAAAAAUUCUACAUCUAAAAUAUUGGCAGAAAGUGGAGAACAAAAUCAAGAAAUAGGGGAGACAACAUCAACGGAAGCAGAUGAUGAUAAAUUGUGUAAAAUAUGUUUUGACAAAGUAUGCAAUACAGCCUAUGUUCCAUGUGGUCAUGUUGUGGCCUGUACUGAGUGCGCCCUCGCAUCGAAAGAUUGUCCCCUGUGCCGAGUGCCAAUUGAACGUGUUAUACGGAUAUAUUUCUCUUGAGAUGACGACAGAUUUUUAUGUGAUUCUGUAAAAAACACAUUAAACGAAGUUUUCAGUGAAUUUAUUAUGAAACAUUUUAUGAUUUUAAUAUUUUUUUGAGAGUUGAUUAACGAAAUAAACGAAAAUACUGUUACAAAAAAA